CGAAAGCAAUGAAGGGCGUGUAAUUUUAAUACACACAGGUGGAGAGUUAUUUUAUUCUGAGAAGGAGAAAUCCUUACAUGAAUUCAACUGCAUACCAUCAAACAGAACAUAUUUAAAAAUGGAAGGAAGCGAGCCAUCAGGAGACAAGAAGUUUAAUGAGGUUGAUGACAUUAGGACUUCAGUGUCUCGCCUUUUACAGAAAACAUUGCUUACAGACGUAGAAUUCCGUGCAGUUGUCGGAACAUCAGCCAAAGUUUUUCCUGCGCACAAACUCAUCCUUGCCUGCAGAAGUCCUAUUCUAGCUGACAGAUUCUACAAGGAGAAGGAUACUUCUGUAAUUUUUGAAUCUGAUGUCGGACCUUUAGGCAUCGAGCAAAUGAUUAGAUAUAUUUAUUUGGAUGACAUUGACAGUUAUUCUGCAUUUGCUCUCAAACAAGGGCUUGAAGCCUCAUUGAAAUACAGUAUAAAAUCCCUAGAAAACCUUUGCAUCUCUUGCCUCAUGAACGUGGAGAUCACUGGAGAUAAUGUAUACGAAGUACUUGACGCGGCUGACAGAGUAAAACACUACGGAAUUCGUCAGAGAUGCCUAAAUAUUCUUAUGAAUGAUACUGAAACGGUGUUGAAUUCUUCCGCUCUAAGACAUGCAAGUUUGAAUACUCUGGUUCAUAUAUUUGAGUUGCCAGAAUUAAAUAUUGAAAGUGAAGUUCGGCUGCUCGAAGCUGCCAUCGCGUGGUUACAGCACAACCGAAACAGUUCAUCAAGGGCUAAACUGUUGUCAUGCAUAGACAUAAUGUCUUUAGAUGUCGAUGAAUUGUUAGCGCUUAUAGAAAAGUUUCCAAAUUUUUUUACCGAUAGCGAAAUUCUCAGCAUUCUUUCAAAUAUUCGACAUUUCGAAUCGCGAGAUUUGCCUGCAUUUUGCGUAACUCAUAAAACCAAAAGGAAGUUUUUGAAAGCUAAAUGUAAACCUAACGUGAUUUCUAACCUGGGAGUUAGUAACAGUGCGACGCAGACAUCGGAUUUUAUAAUGUUGGAUAAAAGUACGGGAAUUUCUCCCGAUGAGGCGUAUUUCUUUCCAGUCCAGAAAACUGCAUCUGUGCAAACCUCGUUACAUGCAACGCUAGAAAAAAGCACGGAAACUUCUGAAGAGGAGAUUUAUAAGUUUCACUCAACGGAAUCUCUGACUACAGGAACGCAAACUACAGUAGUAUCAACAUUAGAUGGAUAUUCGCAAAUUUCUAAAUCUGAAGCUUUUUUGUUUAAUAGAGAACAAACAGUAGACAAAGAAGUUCAAACCACAUCUACUGCUACAUCGAACCGAAGCAUUCAAACUCCUGAUCUUGUCCUGAGAUUAAAUCAAAACACACAGACACGUAAAAAUGAUUACGACAUAUUUAUGUCCAGUAACACAUACGACACAGAAGUGCAACGGACAUUGGUUACGGCAAAGCAGGAAAGCAGUCCAGCUCUUGAUGUCGGUAUCUAUAAUUUUUAUAGAACCGGCAAUGAGAACAAGCCUACUUCAUGGCCAUCAUUAUCAGAGAAAAGACACGCUAAUACCAAACCGAAAGCUCCUAGAAAUGUUCGGGAUGAAAGAAUACGAAUUAAUUUUGAAGAUCAAUCAAGAGAUGUACUUCUUUCCUCGAAACAAAAUUCAAGGAAGAUUAAUGAUAUGGUAUCACCUUCCAGUAAAGAGGACAUCUCGGAUAAAUCGUCAUCUGAAUUCAUCUCAGUUAAUAGAAUUAAAAUUGACCUCAUUGGAGAACCUACCAACAAAGAGGAUCUGAAAAUCAAAUUUACCGUAUAUGACGGAACAGAGAUUCAAGAAUUAAUUACUUACUACACGCUUUUGAAAGAAUCGAGUACGUUUUUUGCUCAGCUCUUCGAUGAUGGGCAUUAUUCACUGAAGCUGUUACGUCUAAAGCUUGAUGAUCUGAGUUUCAAAGGAUUAUCCUAUAUGAUAAGGUUUCUCGAACAACGAAGAAUAACUAUAAGACAACUUGGAGACUUUCAUGAAAUCUGGAAAGUUGCCUGCAGAUUUGGAAUGCAAGAACUCCAGAAAUACUGCGAAAACCGUUUGGAAAACGUACCCAUUACUCCAGAUACCGUCAGUGAACUAAUGUUUACAACCUCAAACAUGGGACUAUCAUAUCUUCAUAUGAAAUGUAAAAAAAUUGGAAAUGCACUGAAAAGCGAAGCAAAUCUCUUAAAACGCUUAGGUUAAGUGGGAAAAAAAAAAUAAAAAUAAAAAAUAAAAUAAAAAAAAAAAAAAAAAAAAAAAAACGAUAUCAUCGUGAGGUACUUCUAAAUUAAACCACUGAAGGGCUGUUUGAAAAAUUUCCAAAUUUUUCCCUCACCGUUCCAAGAACAGUGUAUAAACGUUAAUAGAAGUUUACUACGAAGAUUGAACUAAAUGGUGUAAUCCUUUACAGAAAACUUUCACACUUUAUGAUUAUGCUAAAUACCUAAGUUCUUAUUUCAGACAGGAUAACAUUUUUAAUAAUACCUCAUUAUCGGAAUUAAAAAAAAAGCUUGGAGGAAUCUUUUCAGAUUAAACAUAUUCAAAUGCAAUUUACUUAGUGAAAUACCGUUUCAAAUCUGUUGUUAAAACCAGGUCGUCAUGCUUGAAUUUCCUUUUAUAAUAAAUAGAGAUUGUAAACUCUUUUCACUCAGACUGAGAAGAAUAUCGAAAAUGGGAAAUAUUGGAAAACGAGACAGACAACACAGUUAGGUUUCGCUAUUUCGUUUAAUGUCGUUACGUAAAAACCUUAAAAAACCAAAGCCUUCACUAACUUGUAAACUUGAAAUAAUAAAAACGUCCAAAAUUCCUUUCGAAAUUCGCAGAAAUGUCCUCCCUUCCACGUCCAUUAAGGCACAAAGAGGUGUGAAGAUUUCUAAUGACAUCCUUUCUGUUUCCUAACAAAGAAUCUUCCAUUAGCCUUUUAGGACAAUCUGUCUGCAACAAACUGAUAAAAUACAUUUGUCGAAACUGCACCUGCUACCGUAUGCCUUACGGGAGAGGGACGGAAACAGCAUCGCAAUUAGCGCCAUUUCGGCGGAUGUGGUCGUUUGAAUGAAAGGAUGUCUCUCGCAUUUUGGCUUUCAAAAGUUUAGAAGUUGGAAUUAAAGCUGUAACUCAAAAUGCCGAAUAUGAUGGGAUGCGCAAUUUUCAUGCACUACAGGUGUGCAUAGGUAAUCUUCAUGAAUAUAAAAACAAAAAUUUAUAUGCUGCUAUUGCUUAAAUGUAGAUUUUAAUGUUGAGUCUGUUGAUAUGUCAAUUAGUUGCUCCUUUUCCUUCACUGGCAAGCCUUCUGCUCUAUCGUAGUAUUCGAAUGGAAAUUUUACAAAAUACUGCUUAAUUUUAUUUCCUUAAAUGAAGUAUUGUAAUCGCGAAAAUUUUCGGGCAUCAUAUUUCAACGAAAAUAUGCAUUUUGUACACUAUCGAAUGCAAAUUAACUGUCUUUUUGCUUGACAUCUGUAUGUAAGGGCAAAAUAAAGGCCUCUUUUUCCCGAGACGGAUUGCAAAAAGGAUUUAAAAUAAUUUCAGAACAAAUUUUUUUCCUGACGUCUGUACGCACUUAGGUAUGUAUACAUCUCGCAUAACUGAAAAAAAAAAAAAAAAAAAAAAGAGAGUAGCCACAGUACUUUGAAAUUUUGUAUACAGGACUGCUAUAUGUGCACCUCCCUUUUUGGUUGCAAUCGGCAGCACAAAAAGUAUAUAAAUAAAUAUAAAUAUGUACCGACUCUAUUACUCGGCUCCGUGAGCUCAGUUUUUUUUUCAUUCUUAAAUGACUAUUUUUCUUAUCUGCCGGUUAAAGUUUGCCUUUAGUUAAUCUGCAUGCAAUAGGUGUACAAUUAUCAACAAUUUAAAAGUUGUUCAAUUGCAGCUAAGCCUAAUUUUUUUACCAUAGCAGCCAUAUUUGUCUUCAUUUGAAACUUAGCAGAAUAGUGAAUCAAGUCAGUGUCUGCACCUUCAGUGUCUUUUCGCCGAGUGGGACCAAACGAAAACUUUCAGUUUUUUGCACCGAAAAAUAUCCCUCCUGCCCACUGGCUGAACUGAUUGCGUUUGCGUAGAAUGUCCAAUUUCUAUUGCAAUUUUUUUUUUAAAUUCUUUUAACUGUAUUUGGUGUUUUAUACUUUUCUAUAUUUUUCAGUUUUCAAUAAAGAUAUUUGUGAUUUUA